AUGUCGGAACACAAGACGAGGGCAAUCAUCAUGCAUAAAUCCGUCACUGACCUGGAUGAAAUCAAAGUAUCAGAGGUCGACCGACCGCUCCCCAAUUCAGACGAGUACCUGAUCCAAGUGAAGGCUGCGGGGGUAAACUUUGUAGAUAUUCUCUAUGCCAAAGGAAGACACCAGAACAACCGAGCCCUAGUGCGGCCGCCCUUCGUCCUAGGCCUGGAGUUCGCUGGGGUCAUCCUUUCUGCUCCGCCGCAUGCGCACUUCCUUGCCGGCGAAAGAGUCUUCGGAGCUUUCCCGGGGUCGUAUAGCGAAGUGAUAUCUCUUCCCGCCUUGUCACCGCUGCACCGCAUCCCGUCACAUUGGACAUUUCCCGAAGCCGCCGGAAUAGCUGCCGCGCUCCCUGUCUCUUACGCAUCGCUGCUCCGGACAGGGCUCAAGCCUGGCCAGACUGUUCUUGUGCACGCAGCCGCAGGUGGGCUCGGCCUAAUGGCUGUCCAGGUUGCGACGGCCAUGGGGUGCCGAGCCAUCGGAACGGCAAGCUCCUCGGAAAAGUGCGCCGUAGCCGCAGAGUUCGGGGCCCAGCCCUGUUUGAACUACACCCAGGAACCGGUCUGGUGGGAGCGUGUACUGGAACUGACCGGACAUAAUGGGGUCGACGUCGUCUUCGAUCCCGUUGGCCUCGUCGAUCGAAGCCUGAAGUGCAUUGCUCACAGAGGCAAGGUUCUAGUCAUAGAUUUUGCCGGUAUAGACGAUAAGAUGGAGCACAUCGCCAUGAAUAGAGUACUAUUGAAACAGGCCUCACUCAUUGGUUAUCGGUACGGUGAGAGCCUGCGACGAUGCCCGGGCGAGCAAAAGAUGAUUUAG